CCCUCCGCCCCUGCGCCCGCGCCGCGCCCCGCUCUGUAGCUCUGCCCGGGGGGGCGCGGCCUUGGCCACCGCUCCGGGCUGCCCGCCGACCGCCAUGGCGAAGGUGGAGCAGGUCUUGAGCCUCGAGCCGCAGCACGAGCUCAGAUUCCGAGGGCCCUUCACCGAUGUCGUCACCACCAACCUGAAGCUUGGCAACCCGACAGACCGGAACGUGUGCUUUAAAGUGAAGACGACGGCACCGCGCAGGUACUGCGUGAGGCCCAACAGCGGGAUCAUUGACGCAGGGGCCUCCAUUAACGUGUCUGUGAUGUUACAGCCUUUCGAUUAUGAUCCCAAUGAGAAAAGUAAGCACAAGUUUAUGGUUCAGUCUAUGUUUGCUCCAACUGACACUUCUGAUAUGGAAGCAGUAUGGAAGGAGGCAAAACCGGAAGACCUUAUGGAUUCAAAACUUAGAUGUGUGUUUGAAUUGCCGGCAGACAAUGAUAAACCACAUGACGUAGAAAUAAAUAAAAUUGUAUCUGCUGCUGCGUCAAAGACAGAGCCACCAGCGGUAUCUAAAGCUCUGGCCUCUUCUUUGGACGACGCCGAGGUGAAGAAGGUGAUGGAGGAGUGCAAGAGGCUGCGAGGUGAAGUCCAGAGGCUACAGGAGGAGAACAGGCAGUUCAAGGAAGAAGACGGGCUUCGCCUGAGGAAGACGGCACAGAGCAACAGCCCCAUCGCGGCCCUGGCCGCCGCCGGGAAGGACGAGGGCCUGAGCGCCCGGCUGCUGGCCCUGGUGGUCUUGUUCUUCAUCGUGGGCGUAAUCAUAGGGAAGAUCGCCUUGUAGGGCAGCGUGCGGAACGGGCGCUCGGUGGGAUUGGUGGAUCUGCCAGGUCAUGGGGUUUAAACUUAUCAUAACCUUGUGUAAAAAGAAAUUAACCUAUGAUGACAUCUCACAGGGCUUGCCUUUAAAUUACCCUGCCCCCACGUACACACACACAAGUACACACACAAAUAUAACACACUAUAGCAAUCUCUUAGAAGGGUAAACGGUAUAGUCAGUGGUCGGGGGAUGAGUGGUCUGUGUGAACGAGGGGAGCUGUGACAGCUGCACAGUCGUGAUGUUUCAGCGCUGCUGGGCCUCGGGCGGUGCUGCGAGGCGGGGUGCCCCUCCCUGCCCUGGGUGCCGAGGCGGGGUGCCCCUCCCUGCCCUGGGUGUCGGGCUGCGGGAGCGCGGCCCCUGUGCCCGGGAGCCCCCGCUGCCCACUCCCUCCCUCGGAUGUUCUUCCGCGUCCUCAGUCUGUUCCCUGGGACUGAUGGAGAGGCAGGCGCCCGGACAGCGUCUUGACCGGGAGGCCCAUGCUGGCGGACCCAGCACUCAGAAACACAAGUCAACGCUUUGUUCUCUUAAAGGGACCACGCUGAGUCACUGUUGGUUCAUGUAGUGAAAUCGAACUGCUAUUCAGAGAUGUUCAAUGCAUAUUUAACUUAUUUAAUGUAUUUCAUCUCAUGUUUUCUUUUUGUCACAAGAGUGCAGUUAAUGCCGUGGCCUAGAAAUCAUCUGUGCUCCCAAGGCCCAGGCGCAAAGCUGGCAUGGCCUCUGCAGGGCUGUGGCUGCGUCUCCGGAGGCUGCCGCGCGUGGGACUCCUGGCAGCAGCUGCAGGAGGAGUUUCCGCGUCACAGAGAGGCCACUUCUGAGGAGUGACAGCUCCGGGCGCCCGUUUCAGUGGAGGCGAGAGGCCAGUGUGCCGGGCGGGGGGCUCCCGUCCACACGGCCGGCAGGGACCUGAGGCCGCAGCCGCGCAGCCACGGGCCCGGAUUUUAAGGAGGGAGGACCGGCAGGCGGGGUGGGGAAGGGAGGGAGGGAGCCUCUCGGCUGAUGGGUCUGGCAGGUGGGAGCCUGGUUGGGAGGGCUCCACGGUGAGCUCACGGUGCCCUGGAAGACCAGUCCAGCUCUGUUCAGCUCUGUAGCAACUGAAAAAGAAAAAUAAAGCCCCAAGUGAAGAGUC